GGUCGGUUCGCCCUUUUGCUUGCUUGGACGGAACAGCCAGCCGGCGACGGCGACGACUCCACGCACGCGCGGCCGUGGGAAAACGCGCCGCCUCGUCUCGUCUCGGCUCGGCUGCAGCCUCCUCCAGGUCCUCCCAGCUCGGCUCCCUCCCACCCGCUAGAUCUCGCCGUGCCCCGUAGGUCGGUGCAGAUCUAUCGGGAAGGCGGAGAAGGUCGCUUCUGCUGCGAAUUGUCGGGUGAUUUGGUGGAGGGGAGGGGGUUGGGGGUGGUUUGACUGACCGGCUGCGCAGGAUGAGGGGGCCGGUGCGGUGGUUGCUGGUGGCGGUGGUGGUGGUGGCGAUGAUGGUGGACACGGCGGCGGGGAGGUUCGUGGUGGAGAAGAACAGUCUGCGGGUGACGUCGCCGGAUUCGAUCAAGGGGAAGUACGAGUGCGCCAUUGGCAACUUCGGGGUGCCGCAGUACGGGGGCACCCUGCACGGCUGGGUCGAGUACCCCAAAUCCAACAGGAAGGCUUGCAAGAGCUUCGAAGACUUCGACAUCUCCUUCAAGUCAACUAGGUCCGGAGGACGCCCAAAAUUCGUGCUCAUCGACCGCGGAGACUGCUAUUUCACAACGAAAGCAUGGAAUGCACAAAAUGCUGGUGCUGCAGCAGUUCUUGUUGCGGACAACAAGUUGGAACCUUUAAUCACAAUGGAUAACCCAGAUGAUGCUGGCACAGAGCACCUUGAAAACAUCACUAUUCCCUCUGUGCUUAUAACAAAGGAAUUGGGUGAUAACCUUAAGAAAUCUGCCGAAAAUGGUGAUAUGGUUAGUGUCCUUCUGGACUGGAGGGAAUCUCUUCCACAUCCUGAUGAGCGUGUGGAGUAUGAAUUCUGGACAAACAGUAACGAUGAAUGUGGUCCAAAAUGUGAUAUGCAAAUGGACUUUGUAAAGAGCUUUAGAGGAACUGCACAGAUUCUUGAGAAGAAGGGAUACACCCAGUUCACUCCUCAUUAUAUUACAUGGUAUUGCCCAGAAGCUUUUGUUGUGAGCAAGCAAUGCAAAUCACAGUGUAUCAAUCAUGGGAGAUAUUGCGCUCCAGACCCAGAGCAGGAUUUCAGCCAGGGAUAUGAUGGAAAAGAUGUUGUGGUUCAAAAUCUACACCAGAUCUGUGUAUUCAAGGCUGCUAAUGAGAGUGGGAAGCCAUGGCUGUGGUGGGACUAUGUGCAUGACUUCUCAAUUCGGUGCCCUAUGAAGGAGAAGAAAUACACACCUGAAUGUUCUGUUGAUGUUAUUAAGUCACUUGGGUUGGAUCUUGACAAAAUAAAGAAGUGUGUUGGAGAUCCUGAAGCUGAUGAAGAAAAUCCAAUUCUGAAGGCAGAACAAGAUGCCCAAAUUGGUCAUGGCAAGCGAGGGGAUGUCACGAUACUGCCAACCCUUGUCAUCAACAACAGGCAAUAUCGAGGUAAGUUGGACAAAUCUGCUGUGCUCAAAGCAGUCUGUGCAGGAUUUGAGGAGACAACUGAGCCCGCUAUUUGUUUGAGCGAAGAUGUUCAAACAAAUGAGUGUUUGGAAAAUAACGGAGGUUGCUGGCAAGACAAGGAUAAUAAUAUUACUGCAUGCAAGGAUACCUUCCGUGGGCGUGUUUGUGAGUGUCCUGUUGUGAAAGGCGUAAAGUUCGUUGGUGAUGGAUACAGCAAUUGUGAAGCUUCUGGCAUUGGUAGGUGUGAAAUUAAAAAUGGAGGAUGCUGGAAAGAAGCUAGAAAUGGCAAGACAAUAUCUGCGUGCUCAAAUGAAGUAUCUGAAGGCUGCAAAUGUCCACCAGGUUUCAGGGGUGAUGGAAUAAAAAGUUGUGAAGAUAUUGAUGAAUGCAAAGAUAAACUUUACUGUCAGUGUAAGGGCUGCAGUUGUGAGAAUACAUGGGGAAGCUAUGAGUGCAGUUGUGGUGGUAACAAUAUGUUAUACAUGAGGGAACAUGACACUUGUCUCAGCAAGGAGGCUACAUCAACUGUUGGCUGGAGCUUUCUGUGGGUUAUUUUCUUUGGACUUGCUCUUGCUGGGGUCGGUGCAUAUGCGGUGUAUAAAUAUAGGCUCAGGAGCUACAUGGAUUCGGAGAUUCGUGCUAUCAUGGCCCAGUACAUGCCUUUGGAUAACCAAGAAGCACCAAACCAACAUCAUGUCGCGCAUGCUGGUGAUGAUAUUUGAAAUGGUGUUCCUUUCCUGUGGGAGGCAACAUUUCAUCUGUGUACUGAUGCACCGGUGACCAUCGACUUUACAGAGGUCAACUCGGCGCAAAAGAUAGUCUGUGUGCGAGAAGAUUUAGCCAUAUACCAUGUAUGAUUGUAAGAGUGACACCGUUACAGAUCAUCUUUCUGUAAAACCCGAAGAACAGCAUAGGCAUAUAUUGCUACAGUUGAGCCCCUUCUUCAGACUCACCUGCUCCUCAUGCAUACAUGUAUACUGAAUACAUGAUACACUCCAAUGUCGUGUAAAUACUGUUUGUUCUGCAGACUAGAGAAUUCCUCCUCCCCUCACCUUAAUAAAGAUCGAGUCUUGAAGGG